GUCACCGUUCCUAAUACUAUAAAAUAAAAAACAAACUACACAGGGAAAUUCACAAAAAGCAAGUGUCAAUAAAUUCGGGUAUCACAAAACACGUAGUUUGUAAAUUAUUACAUUACAUCCGAUAGCAGAUCCUGCACAUCCUUCUACUAAAUUUACUAUUAGUCAACAGCUUUGCAACAAUGGCACGCGGUCAUCAAAAAAUACAAUCGCAAGCAAAAGCGGCUGAAAAACAAGCGAAGAUGAAAAAGCAACAAGGCCACAGUGCCAAUGAUCAAAAGAAAGCGGCACAAAAAGCACUCGUAUAUGUCUGUGUCCUCUGCAAAUCGCAAAUGCCAGAUCCUAAGACUUACAAGCAACAUUUUGAGAAUAAACAUCCAAAAAAUGAUAUGCCUGAGGAGCUGAAAGACCUGUAACGCGCGUUUGAAUAUUAUCAAGUAAACGACGAGUUGCCUACAAGUACGAAUAAUUGCAACAAUAAUAUAGUUGAAACAAUCAAUAAUUUAAAAUAAAAUG